AUGUUCAAUCUCGAUGUUUAUAGCUACACUCGGCUAAUAACUCACUCAGCUAACCUUAAAGAGAUUUACUUGAAUGCAUCCACAGAUCAGCUCAUGGUACUCGCAUGCGUAUAUAACACUAUCUGGACAUAUAGCAUUAGUGAGAUCACCUCAAACGUCUCACAGGUUGAUCGCGUAUGGACAAUUCUCCCGCUAUUAUACACCGUGAUUCCUGCAUUCGAUCUCGCUUUUAAAACUUACCUUCAAGCACCCCCUUCAAUUCCACUGACUUCAAUUCUCUAUUCAACCGUAAAUCAAAGAGCCCUAUUGCUGCUCACAUUACAACUUAUUUGGUCCGCGAGGCUAACAUUCAACACCGCCAGAAGAGGUCUCAUGGCUUUUGCUUCGGAGGACUAUCGAUGGCCCAUUGUGAGGGGGAAGUUGAACUGGUGGCAAUUCAAGCUUCUGAACCUCUUCUUCGUGGCGAUUGCACAGAAUAUUCUCCACUUGAUCACAGGUAUCCCUGCACUUAUCAUCGCCAAGACCCCGCAAUAUGACGUGAAUCGCAACGAUUAUCUCAUCUUUGGAUUGGGUGUUGCCAAUAUCACAGCCGAGUUCAUCGCCGAUAAUCAACAAUACGCUUAUCAAUCUUGGAAGAGAGCUUCUUCUACAAAGAUAGCAAGUGAAAAGGAUUUACUCACUCCAAAAGAGAAGAAACUCUACGCAGAUGGAUUCAACAGUUCGGGCUUAUUUGCUAUCUCCAGGCACCCAAACUUUGCAUUCGAGCAGCUUAAUUGGUGGAUUUGGUCGUUGCUGGUUGUUCUAGGAACCAAAUUGGACGGUGUAGAUCUAUUGAGCGUCUUCAUAUCACCACUGUCUAUGUCACUUCUGUUCGAGGCAUCUACCAGACUCACAGAGAGUAUCUCUUUGUCAAAGUAUCCCUCCUACAACGAGUACCGGAAUCACGUCGCAAUGUUCAUCCCUCAGUUCACCCUACUCAAGAAGAUUUUUAACAAGCUCAUGUAA